AGCACCAAUGUAGGGAGGCAUGGCUGCUGCACAAGUUGCAGCGGGGCCAGCCGGGACAGCGGCAAAUGCUUGUUUUACAUGUCAUCAACCGGGACACUUGGCCCGAGAUUGCCCCCAUCGUGCCAUGCAGCCUCGAACCGGGGUCGCGCCUGCAGCUGCAGCUCCCAUAGCUAAUGACCCAGGACGUGUAGGAGCCGUGAUGGAUGAUCAGGGGGGAAGUAAUGGAAUGAUGAUUUCCAGCGAGGAAGCAGCCGAGCUUAUCCCGCUGGAGCAGUAUGUAUCACUAGGAUACACGGGGCUGGGAAUGAUUGGGGCGAUUCGACCGGAACUCGAGUCCAGAGAUGUCGCCGAAUGGCGGCCUUCGUCGAGCGAAAUGGAGACAGGAGGCCCUACCUUUGUUACAAUGGAAAUCGAUGUCCUCGAGGUUACCCGAGCACUGGAUCAUCGAAUCCCUCUCCCAAUCGGCCACCUACUCUUCAUUUCGGAACAGGCGAACGAACGUAUGAUGCGGCAUUGCAAAGCGAACCGGAAGCGAUUUGCCCUUGCACGCGCAAAAGAUCAGAAGGCGAAGGCGCCGACUUCGGAGGAAAAGGCGGACGUCGCCGCUGACGCCAUCCGAGUCGGAUUGAUACAGAAAGAUGACCACUUUCUUCGGAUCAAGCCGAUUUUGUGGAAGUCAGCCGAAUGUGAUAUUGAAGUCUGGGGAGUGCCGUAUAGUGCGAUCAUAGAUUCAGGUGCGGCUGUCCUAGCGAUAUCACUCCGAGUAGUCGAGAGGGCGGGUAGGAAGAAUGAUUUGAUUAUGCUGACCGAGAAGGACCAGCUCGUAUCGGCUGACGAGGAGAAGAUCAAGACAGUAGGGCGAAUGACGAAUGUCGUGUUUCGAUUGGGAAAAGUGCAUGCUUUAGGAGAUGUUGUGGUGCUGGAUGUGAAUACGUAUGACGUUCUUUUCGGGCUUCCUGCAUUGGUGGCGCUGCGUGCUUAUUUAGACUUCGAACGUCGAUCCGUCAUUCUCCGGAAUACCGGGGGAAAGCCAUAUGUAAUACCCAUGAGACUAACUCUUCAAACGUCGGUUAAGGUAGUACCCCGAAUGUCUCCGGAAACAAUGGGAGCGCUCCGCAUGGUCUCCUGGAGCGCACCUGUGGACGGAGGCCAAUCAUCGAACGGCGCGGGGAGCGACGACGAUGACGAUCCAGUCGUUACACGGCCUGCGGCCGGACUCUCGAAAAGUCGCGUGGUCAAAGAGGCCCCGGUUCCGACCUCACUGACGCAGGUUCGAGCCUUCUUGGGCCUGGCCUCGUAUUACAGGCGGUUCAUCAAGGGGUUCGCGGCUAUAGCAAGGCCUCUGACAAACCUGCUGCGAAAAGAACAGCCCCUUCAUUGGGAUGACGAGUGCGACCAGGCCUUCGGGGCCCUGAAGGAUGCUCUCGUCACGACCCCGAUUCUGAUUCGACCGGACCCCUCUCGACAGUUUAUUUUCAUCACCGACUGGCAGCCGGAGGCUAUCUUGGCCAUUCUGGCACAGAAGGGAAACGAUGGGAAGGAGCAUGUCAUUGAGUACGCUUCCCGGACGGUGCCAGACGAGCGACGAAAUGAUUCCGCGCCACAAGGAGAAUGCUAUGCGGUAGUGUGGAGUAUCCAGCACUUCCAUCCGUAUUUGUACGGUCAAAAGUUUCUUCUCGUCACCAACCAUGAACCUCUGUUGGCUCUGAAAAAGCUAACCAACUACACGGGCAUGAUUGGACGAUGGGCAGUGCGGUUGCAAGAGUAUGAAUUUGACAUUUAUCAUCGAAAAACGGAGAGACACGGCAACGCCGACGAACUGACACGUUUGCACCGACCCGGCUGUCGGAGGCUUCUCACCCAGGAGCUUACGGUCCCGAUUGCGCAGCUGGCCGACGAUCUUGACGUCAGCAUUGUCUCCCAGGUCGACCCGCGCUUGGUGCCCCACGUCACCUCGCGCACGCUGUCGCCAUAUCUUCAGUGGUCAGCUUGCGUGGAGGGCUUCCCAUUCAGAAUUCCUCCUUCACGGUUGGAUUAUUUGGAUCCGCGCGACAUCGUGGAUCCCGCUUUCUACAGACCGCCGUACGAGGACGAAUUGGAGGAGAUAAUCCGCGAAGAGCUUGCGGAAGAAAGUUCGGAGGAAGAGGAGGAGAAUCCGAACGAAGACGAAGAGGGGCCAGCACAGCAGCGAGAAGGAGAAGAAGACGAGCUCCUGCAAACGGAGAACGAAGAGGAAGAAGAAGAAGAAGACAGCGAGCAAGGGAGCGGUGACGACAACGACGAGGAGCACGCCGACGAGGAUCCCCAGCUAGAAAUUGCGCCGGUUGCUGAUCUUCCGAUCAGCAACGAUCCAACGCUCGACCCGGAGCCACCUCAGCCAGACGACGGCGAUGUGGCCCAGAUGGCUGGGCCGUCCGCUUGCCGCGGGCCAGAGGUCGUAGUGGCCUCCUUGGCAGUGCUUGCAGCUUGUUUUCAUGUGAACAAAUGGGAUUUUUUGCUUCAGUAGGACACAGUCAGUCCGAUACUGGUUGUUUCAACUUUCAACUUUCAAGUUUUAUUAAAGGCCCGAAUAUUUCAUCCCCCACCAGCCAGUCUUGGCAACCUGAGAUGAAGCAACACACACAGGCAUAAGUGCAAGCACCUUUUUUUUUUUUUUUUUUUAAUGCAGUGACUGAAGAAAAGGAAAAGGACAAGACAAGGACACUCAGCCCGAUGAAGAAGGAGUAGUGUAGCAAAAGAAACCGCUGAGCGAACAUCGAUGGUAGAAUAAUCAAUGAAGCACAAUCGA